AUGUCGGGGACUCCGGCUUCUGGUUCCGUCGGAUCUUUGAAUCCACAAAAUCCCGCGUCUUCGAUACCGCCUGCAUCCAAUCCAAAAAAUAAAGAAAUUUAUAAAUACGAUGCACCUUGGAAUAUCUAUUCACUUAACUGGUCGCUGCGACAGGACAAACGGUUUCGUUUAGCUAUCGGCAGUUUUAUUGAGGAGUACAAUAACAAGAUCCAAAUUGUCACCCUCGAUGAAGAUCAAGGGGAGUUUGUCGCUCAGCCUGCUUUCAAUCACUAUUAUCCGGCCACAAAAGUAAUGUGGAUGCCUGAUCCAAAGGGAAACUACACUGAUCUUCUAGCAACCAGUGGUGAUUAUCUUCGAAUAUGGAAAGUUUCAGAAAACCCGACGAAAUUGGAAUGCACUCUUAAUAAUAACCAAUCCACGGGAUUCUGUGCUCCUCUCACCUCUUUCGAUUGGAACGAAAUGGAUCCAACAAUUAUAGGUGCUUCAAGCGUGGAUACGACAUGCACUAUAUGGGGCCUUGAAACCCAACAAGCCAUUGGAAGAACAAGAAGCGUUAAUGGACACGUCAAAACGCAGGUCAUUGCGCAUGACAAGGAAGUCUACGACAUCGCUUUUAGUCGUGCUGGCGGAAAUCGGGAUAUUUUUGCGAGUGUUGGUGCCGAUGGCUCUGUGCGUCUCUUUGAUCUUCGAAACCUACUAACCUCAACUAUCAUCUACGAGAACCGCAACCGUACCCCAUUACUGCGACUCGCGUGGAACAGGCAGGAUCCAAAUUACAUUGCUACUUUUGCCAUGGAUUCCAAGGAGGUAACAAUUUUGGACCUUCGUGUACUCUCUACGCCAAUGGCUACACUGGAUAACCAUCGAGGCUAUCUCAACGGUCUGGCUUGGGCACCGCAUUCGAGUUGCCAUAUAUGCACUGCGGGUGAGGACUGUUUGGCGCUCAUUUGGGAUAUUCAGUCGAUGCCCAGGGCCAUUGAGGAUCCCAUCCUCGCGUACACCGCAGCUGCUGAAAUCAAUCAAAUCCAGUGGAGUGCCCUUCAACCCGAUUGGAUUGCUAUCUGUAUCCUGUUUGUAAGUCUGAGACUACGAAAUGAUGAACAAUUGGUACAGGAAUGCCGAUUGGACCGAUUUAUGAAUGAAAUUAACACACAUGUAGCUGAGGUUUUCCGAAGACGCGACAAGUCCAAACUCCAAAAAAACAUCAGCGUCUUUACAAGCAACUACACGGCUCCCUGUUUGAUCGGGGCAUUGUCAGAGCACCACAACAAGCACUCAACUCUCGGAAUGGAAGCUUUUAGUGCUUACGUGAAAUGUGCUAAAUAUGCAAUGAACGAAAUGCCGAACGAGGCUCUUUAUGGGCGCAUAGGAUACCUCGCUGGAUUGAUUGCCCUGAGCGAUGCGGGUUACCCAGUGGAGCAGGAAACAAUACAUCUUAUUGUAGAGAAUAUUCUUCGUGAAGGUCGUUACUUGUCCCAAAAAAUUGGUAAACGCCGGGGUGAUUACGAGGAGUUAGUACAAAAUAGACCGGACGCUCCUGCCCUUCCUCCACUCAUGUUUAAAUGGCACGACAAGUUUUAUCUUGGUGCCGCUCACGGAUUUGCGGGGAUCCUUUUGACUCUGUUAAAGGUUCAUGAAAAACUGCCGAACGCUUUGCCAGAGGGGUCAUUGGAAGAGUUGAUCUUGCCAACAACAAAGUGGCUUUGCAAGCUUCAGCAGCCGUCGGGUAACUGGCCGUCAAGUCUUGGCGAGAGCUUGAAUCGAGACAGGCUAAUGCAGUGGUGUCACGGUGCCACGGGCAUUGUGCCUUUGAUGCUGCGGGCUUACAAAGUGACCGGCGAUGAGGAGUACCUGAUUAGUGCGAGGCGAGGCGCCGAUGCUAUUUGGGAACGCGGUUUGCUCACCAAGGGCUGUGGUCUGUGCCAUGGAUCGGCCGGCUCCGGUUACGCUCUUCUCAGUGUCUACCAGAACACCGGCGAUGCAAAGUAUCUGACAAUGGCUGCUGCCGUUGCUCUCUGGUGUGCAGAUUACUUUACUCACGCCGAACGAACUCCCGACCGACCAUUGUCGCUGUUUGAAGGUAAUAGUUUUCAGUAG